CGGUGCCGAUGGUUCUACUGUGCGUGGGCGGAAGGCGCUGAAAGUGUCCGGGCUGCGCCGUGCUCUGUGCGAGCGGAGCAGGGCGGGAGUGGCCGUGAGUGGAGCGGUUACGGAUAACGCGUAGAGCAGUGUGCACAUGGCACUGGCUGCAGUUAGAGAUUGCUGGUUCUUAAGAAAACAUGUGCCUAUUAGAGUGGCAAACACAGUUUGCCGAAUGUGCUGAAGAAAGCCCUUAAGUUUUGUCAGUAGUAAAAGUUACUUAUGAACUUCUAACUCGAUAGGAGCAGCUAUUUCUGUGUAAUUAAGAAGGCCUUAAGAUUAUUAUCUUUAAGAUAUAAUCCUUACAAAAUUAUCAAGAAGUAAUAUGUCUUUACGUUUGUAGCCUUUCAUAGUGAAGACUCUACUUUUCUAUACUUUUCUGUGUCACAUUUAGAGAUGUACUUCAAGGUUUUAUUCUACAAAGGUAAAAGCAUAUGUAUUGUGAGCUGCCAUUUACAUUCCUCAAUUCAUUUGAUUUGGGAGCUUCUAUGAAUUAAAUUCAAUUAGAUAUCUAACGCAUUGAAUGAGAUCUACUACAGAAAAUAAAUCUAGCUUUUUAGUUGUUUGCCCCAUGCUCAUCUUUUUAAUCAUUUGCUCAAAUCUACUGUAGGAACUUGAAAUGCCACAGCAUACAAAAAUAAAUACAGAUCACAUAGAUUGAGAAUUAGCAUUUCGAGCUGUCAGUUUCACAGGCCUGUUUAUUGGAAAUAAACUGAGAAAACAAGGUGGGUGAGGAGGAGGGGAAGUUUGUUUUAUAAGGAAAAAAAAAAAAAAGACAUCAAGGUACAAAAGAGGUUACAUGUCCUUCAACACAAUUCUCCAGACAUCUCUUUGUAUCUUCUUUAAGUGCAAACCAGGUAAUUUUUUAUGAAGUAGUUAUGACAAGAGUCUGAGUUAAUUCAGUCAGUAAUUAGCCUCUUAUUAUUCUGUUUUUAUGCUUUGUUUUCUUCCUUUUUUCAACUAAAUGAUAAGUAAACUGUAAAACGGCAUUUAUUCACUAAAGUAGAUUUAAAACUUGAUCAACUCUUACUAGAUUCAGAAUGUGAAAAUGUUAACUCAUUACACGAAAUAUGUAAACAUUCAUAGUGAAUGCUAGCAUGCAUUGUCUUGUACAACUCACUUCUAAGUCUUAAGUAAGACAGUAGGUCGAAGUAUGUGCAAAUGCUUCAUACUAACCUAAUGAAUAUUUUGUGCUGUGAUUGGUUACUUCAGUCUGUGCUUUAACAUGCCACUUGAAGUACUGAUGUACCAGUAAUAAUGAUGUGAUGCUUACCUUGUUUUCUGAACAGAACUAAUACAGUGUUUUGAUGUACCACAGGUAAAUUUUUCCAUAACCUUAUGGAGAAAAAGGACUUUGAAGCAUGGCUUGAUAACAUUUCUAUUACAUUUCUUUCUCUGACGGACUUGCAGAAAAAUGAAACUCUGGAUCACCUGAUUAGCUUGAGUGGAGCAGUCCAGCUCAGGCACCUCUCCAAUAAUCUAGAGAUUCUUCUCAAGAGGGACUUCCUCAAACUUCUUCCAUUGGAACUUAGUUUUUAUCUGUUAAAAUGGCUUGAUCCUCACACCUUACUCACAUGUUGCCUCGUCUCUAAGCAGUGGAAUAAGGUUAUAAGUGCCUGUACAGAGGUGUGGCAAACCGCAUGUAAGAAUUUGGGUUGGCAAAUAGAUGACUCUGUUCAGGAUCCUCUGCAUUGGAAGAAGGUUUACCUAAAGGCUAUUUUAAGGAUGAAGCAACUGAAGGACCACGAAGCCUUUGAGACAUCCUCUUUAAUUGGACACAGUGCCAGAGUGUAUGCACUUUACUAUAAAGAUGGUCUUCUGUGCACAGGAUCAGAUGACUUGUCUGCAAAACUGUGGGAUGUAAGCACAGGUCAAUGCAUCUAUGGUAUCCAGACACACACUUGUGCCACAGUGAAGUUUGAUGAACAAAAACUUGUAACGGGCUCUUUUGAUAACACAGUAGCCUGCUGGGAAUGGAGCUCUGGGGCAAAAACACAGCAUUUCAGAGGACACACUGGCGCAGUUUUUAGUGUGGACUACAACGAUGAACUUGAUGUUCUUGUCAGUGGCUCUGCAGACUUCACUGUGAAAGUGUGGGCCUUAUCAACAGGAACGUGCCUGAAUACCCUUACUGGACAUACAGAAUGGGUCACUAAGGUAGUUUUGCAGAAGUGCAAAGUCAAAUCUCUUAUGCAUAGUCCUGGGGAUUAUAUUCUUUUAAGUGCAGAUAAGUAUGAAAUCAAGAUUUGGCCUAUUGGAAGGGAAAUAAACUGCAAGUGUUUAAAAACACUGUCUGUUUCUGAAGAUCGCAGCAUCUCUCUACAGCCCAGAUUGCACUUUGAUGGUAAAUACAUAGUGUGCAGUUCAGCACUAGGAUUAUACCAGUGGGAUUUUGCCAGCUAUGAUAUUGUCAGGGUUAUCAAGACUCCUGACUUCUCAAAUGUGUCCUUGCUGGGCUUUGGAGAGAUAUUUGCUCUACUGUUUGAUAAUAGAUACCUGUAUAUAAUAGACUUGAGGACAGAAGAACUGAUAAGCCGCUGGCCUCUACCAGAGUAUAGAAAAUCAAAGAGAGGCUCAAGUUUUUUGGCUGGUGAAAUGUCUUGGUUAAAUGGACUAAAUGGUCAAAAUGAUACAGGCUUGGUUUUUGCCACCAGUAUGCCAGACCACAGUAUCCAUUUGGUGUUAUGGAAAGAACAUGGAUGAAAAGAUUACAUAUGCAGAAUCUUCAGGAUUAUAUGGACUAUCAGCAAUGUGUCUAUCAAAUGAAACUUUGCAUGAACCAAAGUUGCACAUCUAAUGGUAUCAUCAUGCAAUGCACAAUCAUUUGAUUUUAUUUGGGCAUUUGGGAAAGGAUUGUUUUUGACAUAAUACAACAGAGCAUGCUAACAGUAUUCACCAUUAAAUUUGUCUUUAUUCAUGUUUAAGCAUACCUGUUUGGGCUCUGAAGCAUAGCUUGUGAAGUUAAAACUAUUCAGAUCCACCAUUAAGUCUAAAAUGAAGUAGUGCUUGACCACAUUUCUGCCUUUUUUUUUUGUUUUUUUUUUUUGGUUUUGUUUUUUAGUUGUUGUUGUUGUUGUUGUUGAAACAGAAGGUGAAGCUACUGUUUUAGAAUAGGCUUUUGUGCUUUUGUACGUACAAUACCAAAUACCGGUUACAGUGCAUGA